CCGCCCCUCGGCGCGGCCCUCACGUGCCGUAGGCGCGGCUCUAGGCUAAGGGGCCUUCGGGCGAGGCGUCGGGAAGCCGAGAGCGUGCGGAAACCGCCGAACGCACCUGGAAAUCGCGUAGCGCUCACGGAAAUCGCCGAGCGUUAACGGAAACUGCCGAGUGUUCACGGAAACUGCUGAGCGCACGCAGAAGCGGCCGAGCCCUUUCCUCGCCGGCCCCCGAGACUGCCGGCAGACGUGAGCAGUCGACGGCCGAGCGGGACGGGUCUUUCCUCCCGGUCCCUCCCCGUCCCGUCCCUCCUCCGGCCUCCAUCUCCUCAGCCCGGACCCGGGAGGAUUCUGUAGCGUGCGGGUUCCGGGCUGCAGCAGGGCAGGCCGGGCUGCGGGCUGAGGCGGCGGGCGAGGUGGGCACCCGGAGGACGCCAGGAAGCUUGGACAUGGCGGGCCCCCCGGCGUUUAAGAUGAGGCUGGUCCACGUGGACCUCAAAGGCGCCCCACCCAAGGUCUCGUACCUGGCGCAGGUGUUCCCCCUGUUCCACACACUCGGGGCUAACGGCCUCCUCCUGGAAUAUGAAGACAUGUUCCCGUAUGAUGGCCCCCUGCGGCUGCUGAGGGCCACCCACGCCUACAGCCCCGCCGAAGUCCAGGAGAUCCUGCAGCUGGCUGCGCAGAGCGAGCUGGAGGUUGUGCCCCUGGUGCAGACGUUCGGACACAUGGAGUUUGUACUGAAGCACGCGAUGUUCGCACACCUCCGGGAAGUGCCAGCCUUCCCCAACACGCUGAACCCCCAUGAGCCACAGGCCCUGGCACUGGUAGGAGCCAUGAUCGACCAGGUGCUGGCGCUGCACCCUGGUGCCCGGUGGCUGCACAUUGGGUGCGAUGAGGUCUAUUACCUGGGUGAAGGGGAGGCCUCGAGACGCUGGCUGCAACAGGAGCCUAACAACAGGGCAGCGCUGUGCCUGACCCACAUGAAGGCUGUGGCCGGCCACGUGCUAACCCGGCAUCCUGGCGUGACACCCCUGGUGUGGGAUGACAUGCUGCGGGACAUGGCACAGGAGCAGCUCGCAGCGUCGGGGUUGCCGCAGCUCGUGGAGCUGGUGCUCUGGGACUACAGUGCUGACCUGGAUGUGCAUGGCAAGGUCCUCCUCAUGGAGAAGUUCCAGGCCUGCGGCUUCCGGCGCCUCUGGGCCGCCAGCGCCUUCAAGGGGGCCACGGGGGCCAGCCAGGCCCUGCCGCCCGUGGAGUACCAUCUCCACAACCAUGCCCAGUGGCUGCAGGUGGCGGGCCAGGGGCCCACAGACGCUCUACAGGGCAUUGUCCUGACCGGCUGGCAGAGGUACGACCACUUCUCCGUGCUGUGUGAGCUGCUGCCCGUGGGCAUCCCAUCCCUGGCCGCCUGUCUGCAGUCGCUCCUGCAUGGAGGGUUCAGCGACGACGUUAAAACCAAAGUGGAGAAGCUGCUCGGGCUCUCGAGCCUGGACGUGGCAGAUGCCGUGAGCAAGGGGCCCAGCUCCUUCCCUGGCAGCAACAUCCUGGCCCUCGUCACCCAAGUCAGCCUCCACCUGCGUGGCUCUGUGGACGCACUGCUGGAGAGAAACAGGUAUGUGACAGGCUGGUUCAGCCCCUACCAUCGCCGGCACAAGCUCAUCCACCCAGCCAUCGUUCAGUACAUCCAGCCCGAGGCGAUCAGCCUCCUGGGCAGGUGGAGCGCCCUGGCACGGGAGCUGGAGGCCGCCCUGCAGUGCUGCUUCUACCCGGAUGCCGUGGAGGAGUGGCUGGAGGAGAACGUGGCCCCCAGCACGCAGCAGCUACAGGCGCUGCUGCGGGACCUCAGUGAGGCGGCUGGUGGCACCUGCUGGGACCCAGCUCAGGACCCUGAGGUUGGAGGGACCUGGCAGCCGCUCCCUGCGGAGCCCCCAGACGCACAGGACAGAUGCCCAAGGACCCAGCUGUGAUAUACAGAGUUUUAUUUUGCAAUAAAGUCAGAGCUGCACCUG